AUGGCUGAAAACCCUGAAUUUCAAGUUAAACCGGACAUCGAAAUCAACGGGGACGAAAGUCCAGAUGAAUCUAAAAUCUCCUCUUCAGAGUCAUCUAAUAAACAAAAAAGCAGGCAUAAUUCAAAAAAUAAUUCAUCGAUACUCGAAGAAGAAUCAACUGCGGACAAUACCAAUACUUCUGAUUCCCCGCCAAUACCACGAAUUAAAGAAACAAUACAAAAUAAAAUCAUAAAACCGAAUUCUCCGUUAUAUUCUUCAACCCGAAAGAGCCGUAAUUUUUCAUCAGAAAGUGGAAGAUCAUCUAAUGCAUCAGAAUGCUCUUCGUCUUCUCGAAAUUCAGUUCGAAAACAGAAUGCUAUGACUUCUCCUCCUCCAAAAUCUUCUGAAGACUCUUCAACGAAAGAAGAUAAGGUGGUGGCAUACAAGCAACUCAUUGAAAAUCGUAAAAAGCCUCCUAUUACUUUAGCAGCACCUGUACAACAAAUGUUACAUCGUUCAUUUGUAAAUGCUCUCAAGAAUGAAGAUUAUGUUGAAGGUAUGAGGAUUAGUACAGCAUUAAAGAUCAAUAGCGAGCUAAUGGAGCAGGAAUACGAGAGUCAACGGAUUCAAUCUCGAAAUGAUACAUACAAAUCACGUUUGGAGGCAGCUCAAAAUAGGUUAAAUGCUAAAAAGAGUGAGUGGAAUAAUAUAAUUCAGAGUUUUGAACAAAAACAAAAGCAAAAAAGAGAGAAAUUAACUCAAAAACAUGAAAAAGAAGAAGAGGAGUUCGAAAAACAAUGGGGAGAUGCCAAUAAUUUGAAAGAUUUUAAUAAACCUUCUCCUAGUUUAAUUGGUAUUAGGAGAAUUCAAAAAGAACUUGCAAUGACUGGAGAAUUUGAAGAUGCUUUGCAAGUAAAACAGAUAGCCGAUGGAUUAAAGGAAAAAGAGAUCCAAGAUGCUGAACAAAGAGCACUUGUUGCAAUGUUAAUCGCUCAUGAUAAAUUAGAAGAAAAGCAUAAAAAAGAAAUUUUAUGUUUUGAAGAAAAACAGCGUCAAACAGAGCUAUAUAUCAAAGGAGAACAGUAUAAUGAACUCCAUCCGCUUGAAAUGCUCAUUAAACAGCUUCAACAACAUUUAGAUUCUUCGAAACCUCCUAAUUUAAGGCCAACAAAGCCAAGAUUUGUAUCAACUGCAAGGACGAGAUCAGCAGCAUGCGAGAGUUUCACGAUGCCUCCUAAAGAUACAAAGACUACAAUAGAAAUGAACGAAUAUCGUUUUAAUAAUGAACCAGAAAGAUUAGAGCUUAAUGGAUUUGAUGUUAGAAAUCUAAUGAGAAUGCCAAAGUCUACAAUGAAAGCAUGCAUUAGAAGAAAAUGA